AUGCCCCCAUUUAAAUUGUAUCAUUAUGUUAUAUGCUAUGUCUUUAUGGAUCCAGGGUUUUAUUCGAAUUGCUCAAUUCCGUGUCACGUGAAUACAGCUCAUGUUGACUUUCGUCUCACGCCUCCAUCCUUCCAACCUCCUCAGAAUGUCCCAAUUUCCAAAGACACUACCCAUAACCCAAACCCCCGGGCGGUGAGGCACUACGCCCCGCUGUAUACGGAGAGUCCAAACCUAGGAAAAAUCCACGGCUUCGGGUGUCUUCCCCUUGACGACUUCCGGUCGAUCCGGACGACCGGGAGGUUCCGUGUUGGCGCACGGUUUUACGUUUUAUCCAACAGCAGCCAGAAAUUCUUGGACUUGAGCAAAGACCCCAAGUUUCUGCAGGAAGCGCGAGACUUUUUUGAUAUAGGCGAAGACAAGCCUGAGGAGUUCGUAUGGGAGCUACUUGCAUGUACCCAUGGCUUGUUGCCGUCUAACCAGUUGCUAUCUUGA